GAAAGGUUUUACUCCACCUUGCAAGCACUUCUUUAGGCAAGUCGUUCAGCUAAGGGCAGGAGAGGUAUUGCUGUGAAUUAUUCCAGUGGAGAAGAGUUGUCUUGUUGCCUUCUGUUAAAACUGCCUUGAGAAAAGCACCAACGGAGGAGGAUCGGGGAAAACGUGUCUAGGAUCUGUGUUUUAUUCUACCAUUUAAUUUAUAAAUCAGGCCAGCAAGGCAGUAAGCACAAACCAAAUUAAACACGUUGUUACUACAUGGCUCUGGAGUCUCCUGGCAGUGACACCAUGCGCUAUCCGAAAGCGUGAAGAGGAACCGAGACACCUGGCACCAGGUCUGUGAUACUCUUUCUGAGACAGUGGGAUCCAAACUGCACACAGCAGGUAAAGACAAGCGAUAUAAUUCACGGCGUAAAAGAAGACCCUCGGCAGCUCAGCACCAGUACUAAUGAAGCCAAUAGCCUUCUCCCCUUUCUCUUUUUGGCCAUCUCUCUUUUUGGGUGGCUUCCUUGGCAUACACAUUGCUGACAGUUUCUUGAGAAGUCAGAAGAACCAUACACUAAUUUUCACCAAGGAAAGCCUAAUUCGUAACUGCAGCUGCUUGGCGGAUAUCCGUGACUGUGAUUACAACCUGGCAAACUUGAUGUGCAACUGCAGAACGGUGCUGCCUUCUACCAUGGAAAAAACUAACUACAACAGUGACCUGACCAUUUGGUUCACAGACACUUCUGUGCUGGAGAUGCUCCUCAACUUCACAAGGGUGUGUAAUUUGAAGCUCUCCUUCUGUGGCACCACUCCUCUCCCGACAGAAUACUUGACCAUUUGGGGACUGCGAAAGCUCCGGGUCAAAAACAAGGUCAAGGGACAAUUUCCAGAGCAGAGCGUAACCAUCUCCAGUAGCAGCAAUAAUGAAAAAGAGGACUUCCUUGCGAUGCACAGCAAAGACAGGCAAAUGUUAGUAUACAUUUCUUUUCUGGAUACCUCUCUUUUCAAUGGCUACUCUUUGCUGAAGUCGUACAGUGUGGAAAAUGUCUCUAGUAUCACGGAGCAUUUUCCCAGCCUGCUGUACUCUGAUGUCUUCUCAACCUCAGACAACAAGAGCUAUGUUGUAACGUUCAUUUACUGAGUUCUUUAACAGAGUCAGUAGCCACAGGUAUGGCAAAACACUAAGAGAUGGGACUUUUCUUUGGUUUGAUCAGAAGGAGCCAUUAUGGGAUGGAGAGUUUUGACUGUGUACUCUACAAGGGGGCAUUUAAAGUAAUACUGACUAAUCAGACUAAUUCAGUAAAUGCUUCCUUAAAGAAGAAAACAUGAAACAAUGGGAAAACAUCACUACUAAUUCUUCUUAUAUGUUGUAAACUAA